AUGUCGUCUUCCAAUAGGACUGGGUCCAGUCCCCUGACCUUCAUCCUCACCGGCAUCCCCGGUCUGCUGAUGAGCAGCUACUGGAUGGCAUUGCCUCUCUGCUGCCUGUACCUCCUCAUGCUCCUGGGGAACUGCACCUUACUCUGGAUGAUAAAGACAGACCACAGCCUCCAUACACCGAUGUACUAUUUCCUCUCCAUGCUGGCCACGGCAGACCUGGGCUUGUCUCUCUCCACCCUACCCACCAUGCUGGCCAUUUUCUGGUUUGAGUCCACCUCCCUCCGUUUUGAGGCGUGCAUUGUCCAGAUGUCCUUCAUCCACUCCUUCUCUGCUAUCGAGUCUGGGGUCCUGGUGGCCAUGGCCUUCGAUCACUUUGUUGCUAUUUGCUACCCUUUGUGUUAUGCCUCUGUCCUGACGAGCUCCCUGGUAAUGAAGGCAGGGGGGGUGAUCUUCAUGCGGGGCAUCUGUGUGGUGCUACCCAUUGCCAUCCUUAUUAGGACGAUGCCUUUCUGCAGGUCCCAUGUCCUGUCUCACUCCUUCUGUCUGCACCAGGACAUGCUGAGGCUCAUUUGUGGGGAUGUCAGGGUCAGCAGCUUGUACGGGCUGACUGCGGUGAUACUCACCAAGGUCCUGGACUCCCUGACCAUCCUCCUGUCUUACAUGGCGAUCAUCAAAGCCACCUUGAACAUCGUCUCCGAGGAAGCACAAGCCAAAGCCUUUAGGACGUGCGUCUCCCACCUCUGUGCCGUCCUGAUCUUCUACAUCCCGCUCAUUGGCUUGUCCGUCAUCCACAGGUUUGGGAGGCACCUCCCCCUCACUCAGGCACUCCUGGCUGAUGCCUAUCUCCUGGUGCCGCCUGUCCUGAACCCGCUCAGGUACAGCUGGAAAACCAAGCAGAUCCGCAGGAGGAUCCUCAUCCUGCUCUGUCAGAGAGGGACCCAGCAGCAGGUCUAG